AUGGAGAGAUUUUCUGGGGAGGAUAUAAGCGCUUGGUGCUGUAGGAAAGGGAAAGAUCCCAAGAGAUGUUUGAGUGUAGGAGGAGAUUUUACCGAAUUUUCUGACGAAGAAAUAAUAGAAAAAUUGGCAAGAUUGUAUGGUAUAAUUAAGCCCCGGAUAGUAGACAAAUGGAUAGGAGGACUAGGAAAGAUAGCAGCAGUGUUAAUAGAGACUGACAGAGAACUGGAUGUCGAGGUGAUACCUUUAGUGGUAGUGGCAAAUGAAGAGAUUGGAAGGAGGUGGAGUAUUAUGUGGCCCAACACACAGAGUAAAGAAGUGACUAGUGCACCUAUAACAGUCUCUCCCCCCAGCAACCCCAAUAGGGGCGAAGAGAGUGGUGAAGGAGGGGAUAUGGACACUCACAACAUAAGUGCCAAUGCAAGCAACAAUCAGUUCGAAGCUGUCAUGGACAGGGUGGUCACCCAACUAGAGAGGUGGCAUUACGAGGGGAGCUACCGACGACUGCGGAUAUUCUCUGGAAUCACUCCCAUACCAUUGGGAGAAGAGACGUAUGAGGCUUGGAAAGAAGCCGCGGUGCAACAAACCGAAGAAUGGCAGUGCCCAGACUGCAUUAAAAGACAAAGGGUGGUAGAAAACCUGAGAGGGCCAGCUAUGGGGAUUAUUCAGGCAGCCAGGCGCAGUAAUCCUAAUGCUACAUUGGAGACCUACUUUGAAUCAUUAGACUACGCUUACGGAACGCUUGAAGAUGUAGGAGAACUUACUUCUAGGCUACAUCAUACCCUUCAAGAACCAGGGGAGAAGUUAAGUACAUUUCUAAUCAGAUUGGAUAAAUUACUAUAUAAGAUAGUAGAUAAAGGGGGUAUAGCUAAGGAAGACGUUGAUAAAAACCGGAUGAAACAAUUACUGCGAGGCGCUUCCACUAUGGAUUCGGUUGCCCAGAAAUUGAGAUGUUCAGGUGCAAGAGAACCUCCUCCCACCUUUAAUGAGUUACUGAAAGAAAUAAAACAGGAUGAGGUAUUAAUAGAUAUGAGAGAGAAAGUAGUGAAAAAGGUCAAAGUGGUUCAACCGGUAGCUGAAAGUAGCACCUUCGAAGAUAAGAUACUGAAGAUGAUGGAUGAACAGAAUAAAAAAAUAGAACAAUUUAUCGCAGCGCAAAAUGCUAGUGCCGAUGUUUCCCCGCCAAGAUCUAACGAUAACACCCUAGUGAGGGGAUCAGGUCGAGGAAACAGUAACUGGAACAGUAGCUAUGGACGAGGAUGCUUUAGAUGUGGGAGGACUGGACAUCGGGCUUUCGAAUGUAACGCAGCUAGGAACACGAGCCGGAGUAACCCCAGGAUCGACUAA